AUGUCCCAAGCCCAACUAUUCAACAUAACCCAGCUGCUCUGCUUGGCCGAGCCUAGGAGCUUCAUCCGCGCCACUGAGUCUCCGUUCCUGAUGGUAACAAAUUACCAGGAAAUUCGAGGGGAUGAAAAGAUCGAAGGCCUUUACAUUAAUGUGGAGCUUCUGGAUAAGUAUGCCACGGAACUAGGCCUAACUAUUUCACCGAAUGUAGCCAAACCAUCCGAACGAACCGUUGAUGCUGCGGACUUUUUGAUCAUUGACGGGAAAAAGUCUUUGGUCUUGGCAAACGAGAAAGCGCUUCGGCGGGCAAAGGUCGACAGAGUCACGAGACGCAUCGAAUACUACACGACCAAUGAGCUGGAAGACUUCGCCGCGCUUCAGAAGCACUUCACUGAGUACUUUCUGAACCCUGGCUGUGAGCUACCGCAGGACUUGAGGCGGCGCACGUCAUGCUAUGCUCUCAGCGUACCACAAGCAUUGGGUGGAGGAAACCGUAGUACGGGGAAUGGGGCCGUAACCACAGGCUCCCUUAAUCCAAACGCAUACUUGAAGUCGAGGUUAUCACUGUCUCUCGCAUCUGAAUCUGGAAUGUCCCGGACUUCUGUUGAAGCUCAGGAUGACUCUGAUGACGAGAAAAAGGAAGAGGUGGCGAAUUCUGCGCGAUCGCGUUGGAAAAGGCUCAAUGUUGGGUACAAGGCUUGCGUAAAAUUCGUUCGCUCAAGCGAGCGCGCCCAAUACCGGAGUUGGACUGCGAUUCAGACGGAGAGGACGCUAGACUUCGAGGAGGUGAGAGCGCCACGGGCUUGGCAGCUUGGAGGCUUCUGGCAGACAGUCCACCAAGCCCCAGAGGAGGAUGCUGAGGAUGAUUGGGAGACGGAAGAGGAGUGGGAGGAAGAUUUGGACCCAGAAUCCGAAGAUUGCGUUGGAGAAAGCACUGGAGAGGCCCAUGAGGAUAUUGUGGACGACACAUAG